UUUGUAUAGUCUAUUGCAGACUAUUGACUAUCGCAUAGUCUUUAUUUCUAUGCAGCCAAGGCUAUAGCCCUCAGGAUUUUUCUGCACUUUUAAUACAGGAUGGCUGGAAACUAUUAUUUUGCCAUAGUGGGUGACAAAGAUAACCCAAUUUUUGAAAUGGAAAUAUCUCCACCAAGCAAAGAAGCCAAGAAAGAAGAUCACAGACAUCUGAGCCAGUUUAUUGCCCAUGCGGCUCUAGAUUUGGUGGACGAACAGAUGUGGAGCACCUCAGCGAUGUACCUCAAGGUGGUGGACAAGUUCAACGAAUGGUUUGUCUCGGCUUUUGUUACGGCGUCUCGAAUGCGCUUCGUUCUGCUCCAUGACGUUAAGAACGAGGAUGGGAUCAAAAACUUCUUCAUGGAAAUGUAUGAAACUUACAUCAAGCACUCGAUGAAUCCAUUCUACGAGAAUAAUUCCCCGAUCAAGAGUUCUGCAUUCGACAAAAAGGCGCAAAUGUACGGUCGAAAGUACUUAACCAGCUGAUGAGGCUAUUCGAUCACGUACAGCACCAAAGGUCCGGACUGGAAGGUGUGACAGGUGUCAGCGAUGGUCGUUAUCUCGUGUCCCGCGCAGACCGGACAGCUGGAACACGGCCUGUGGCGAUCGGCCUCCGACAGCAGCGCGCGCCAGCAGGGCCCCUGCAGCCAGUGCAGCCGCCGGAGCGGGCUGGGACCGCGGCGGCCGGGGCGACAGGCUCCCACACAGGGACUGGGACCGCUGGGACUGCCGGCGGCCUGGGACCGGGACUGGGACCGCUGGGACUGCCGGCGGCCUGGGACCGGGACUGGGACCGCCGGGACUGCCGGCGGCCUGGGACCGGGACUGGGACCGCUGGGACUGCCGGCGGCCUGGGACCGGGACUGGGACCGCUGGGACUGCCGGCGGCCGGAGCGGUAGGGCGGGGUCUGCGGCAGUAUAGGGCGGGGUCUGCGGCAGUAUAGGGCGGGUGUGCGGCAGUAUAGGGCGGGGUCUGCGGCAGUAUAGGGCGGGGUCUGCGGCGGUAUAGGGCGGGGUCUGCGGCAGUAUACGGCGGGGUCUGCGGCGGUAGGGUUGGGUCUGCGGCAAUAGGGCGGGGUCUGCGUCGUUAUGUCGGCAACAUCCAGAGUGCUCCGACUUUUUUGUUAUCGCGUGGUCGGUUUGACCACUUUGAAAUGCAUUAUUCGUCUUUAUUUGAUAUAUAUUGUUAUAGUGUCUGGUUGGAGCAUGUUUUCCUUUUGACCUCGUGUUCACUUCUGAAGUUUGUAACCCAAAGUGGCAUUGGGCUUCCGGAAGUGUUACAGACUAUACAGAGCCAUUUGUCCAGCUUCAGGUCAAUAACCAUCAUUAUGUUUAAGAAUCCACUCCCUCGAACAAUAAAACUGUUGCGUGGGGCCAUGCACUAGGUUGUUUUGCGUACCAACUCGCAACUCGUAGCGUAGUCUAUACAUGAGCUCCCCUGCAGCGUUGUUGGAGUUCCCCGUCCAUUAAACUACAUCAUAGCUGGUCGUGCUUACACUUAAAAGUGUACGCACGAUGCGCGCUGUUGAACGAUGUCGAUGCUGCCUGUCUAUUGUUGAAUACGGGUGGCUAUGUUGGUGUGCCUACUUCUGUGUAAUUUUACGGACUGCCAUCGUCUGCGUCUGUCACCGGAAAUGCAUCUGCCGGCUCGGUU